GGCAAGUUUUCUGUUUUUGCUUAUUGGCUGCAUUUUGAAUUGAAAAAUAAUUGUUAAUCUUUGAAAGCAACAUUUACAUUUACUUAGCAUGAUGUCCGGAAGCUUAAAGCGAUCCGUCUCUCUUGGCAGUAAAACCGCCUCCGAUUCGAUGGAUCGGUUUCUGGAGCGGCACUUUCUCUUCCGGAAGCACAUUGUGUUGGACGCCUCCAGCUUGUUCCGCGCGAUUGCCGAGCAGGUGUACGACACCCAGAUGCUGCACCACGAGGUGCGCAUGGAGUGCGUUCGCUAUAUGUUCCGUAAGAGGGGCUCCUUCCGGAAUUAUGUGGAGGCGGACUACGACGAGUACCUGUUAAAGCUGGAGAAGCCCAGGACGGCGGGCACCUUGCUCGAACUGCGCGUCUUGUGCCACCUGUACCGCCGCAAUGUCGUCCUCCACAAACCCUUCGAUCUGGGCCAGCUGCUCAUCUUCGGCGAUAGUUACCCGGAGACCCUACGGAUUUUCGUGGACCGUCAGGGACACUUUGACUCCGUACUGACCAUGUCGGAGAUUGAGACGGCUGCCGUUUGCCAGGCCGUGGCCUUCAAGAUGCUCUACGAGCGGGUCUUUCGCCUGCCGGACGUCAGUCUCGCCGUGGAAUGGAUGCUCUACCCGGAGACCUUCAAGUGGGGCACCGACCUGGAGUUCGAUCCGCGGGGCAAUGUCAUCCGUUUGGUGUGCAGCAACGGCCGGAGCUACCAGCUGGAUCGCCCCGAGCACACAUGCUGCGUCCUGAAGAACUACGAGAAGUGCCCGUUCCACAAUCAGAAGCUAGAGCUCCACGAGGGUAACUUUCGCUCCAUGCCCGUGUCCUGCAUGCGGCGCAUAUUCGAACAGAAUUGCCUGCCCUUCUGCUUCACGGUAGCCAAGUCAUUGAAUCCCUAUAUGUAUCGCAAUGUGGAGCUCAGCUGCCUGAUUGCAGCUCGUCGUGAGGCGAAAGCCCUGAAUAUCUACACCGGCGACUACAACUUCAAAGUGGGAGCCAAGUGCCAAGUAGUGUUGGAAGCGAACAUGCACUGCGAGCUGAGCAUUUGCCAUAUCCAGGCCAUCGAUAAGGACAACUCUGUAUGCGAGGUGUUCGUCGAGGGCCAGGGUAAACUUCUGACCGUGCCCUACAAUAGCCUUCAUCCCCUGCCGCCAAGUGAGUUCAAGCCUUGGGAUCGGGAUCCCAAAAGACGACCCAAGCUGCCAGGUCUCCUCAAAAUGAGCACCAUGAAGCGCCAGUUUCUGCAGAUGGAGAACGCAUCCAAUUCAAAGUUUCGUUGCAAGGACAACAAGCCACAUCAGAACUUCAAAAACGUGGCUUCGGCUGACAAUAAGAUAUCGGAAAUGUUGCCAACCCAAUAUCCACCACUGAUUCGACCACCACCUGUACAUGAUAAUCAAUUGGUAUCUUUACCCGAACCAAUGCCAACGGCCAUUCGCCGUCCAGUUUUUGUACCGCCUCCUUUUGUGCCUCCUGGAUUGAUGCAACCUGACCAGAGAUUUAUGCAGCUCCAUCGUCUGAUGAUUCGUCCACCCGGUCCCGUCUUUUUUAUAGCCCCACCAGGGUCUAGUCCUCCGCCUGGAAUGCUGCCCGUUCUCAUCGGCAAUUCGCCCUUGAUGAUCCAGCCUGCUAAUGAUACUCAGCCGCCUCCUGCAGAGUUUUAAAUUUGUUAUACAUUUUACUCAACAGUACUUUUUUUCAAUCA